AUGUUGCAGUCUCUUCCAAGUGAAGACUACAACCUUGGAUUUGCUGUGAUUUAUCACCAGCAGAUCCUUGGUGGAAUAAAUAGAAAGAGCUCUCAGGUGGUGCCUAAGGGUUACCAGCACAUCCUGGCCUUGGCAUUUGCAGUCAUGGAGAUCAAUGAAAACCCUCAGCUCUUACCCAAUCACACUUUGGGCUUCCACAUCUAUGACAGCUAUGUUGAUGCAAGGAAGACAUAUCAUGCCACAAUGCUACUUUUAUCCACACUGGAGAAUUUUUCCCCCAACUACGUUUGUGGUAUUAAAAAUAAUCUGACAGCAGUCAUCGGUGGAUUGGAUUCCCAAAUCUCCCUUUAUGUGGGAACUAUUUUAGAUAUUUAUAAGAUUCCACAGCUGAUAUAUGGUCCUGCUCCAGUGAUGAAUGGCAAAACUCCAGGCCUUCCCUUCUAUCAGAUGGCUCCCCAAGAGGACCUCCAGUUUGCAGGGAUUCUCUCUCUGCUUUUGCAUUUCAGGUGGAUAUGGAUUGGGAUCACCGUGAUGGAUAAUGACAAUGGAGAAAUCUUUGUACAAAAUGUGAUCCCACUGUUUUUGAACAAUGGCAUCUGUCUUGCAUUUCUAGAAAGAAUCCCCAAAUAUAGUUUUGUUACUGAAGGUUUAGCCAUGAUGCAAAAGGGGGCAAAAAUACAUGAUAUCAUCAUGGGCAGCAAAGCCAAUGUAGUGGUGGUCUAUGGAGAAUUUUAUUUUAUGGUAUUUUUCAGAUGGCUUCCAUAUCUGUCAGAAGUAGAGCACAUGACAAAUAAUAUAAAAAGUAAAGUAUGGGUAAUAACAGGCCAGGUGGAGUUCAUUUCCUUGAACUAUCAAAGAAAUUGGGAUGCAAGGAUAUUCCAUGGUGCUAUAUCAUUCAGAAUUCACUCCAACAAUCUGCCAGGAUUUCAUCAAUUUGUUAAGGGUAGAAACCCUUCUAGCACAGCUGGAGAUGAUUUCAUCUGGGAUUUCUGGCAGCAGGCCUUUUUCUGUGUAUUCCCAAAUCGAGUUCUGGGUGAUCUGAAGGGGGACAUUUGCACUGGGACAGAGAAGGUAGAGAGCCUUCAUGGAUCUUUCUUUGAAAGGACGAUGGCUGGUCAAAGCUAUAUCAUCUGCAAUGCUGUCUAUGCUGUGGCCCAUGCUUUACAUGCCAUGUUUUUAUCUAGAUGCAAGCAUGCAGGAAUGGUGGAUGGAAGGAGUCUGAAGCUUCAGAAACAACAGUUUUGGCAGCUCCACCACUUUCUGAGAGGUGUCUCAUUUAACAACAGUGCAGGGGACAAAGUUUCCUUCAACCAGAAAGGGGAAGUUGUAUCUGGCUUGGAUGUUAUCAACUGGAUUAUUUCCUCCAAUCAGUCCUUCCAUCGAGUAAGAGUAGGAAGGAUAGAUCCCCAGGCUGCUCCAGACCAAGUGUUCACCAUUGAUGAAGAUACUAUAACAUGGCACAGCUGGUUUAACCAGACUCAGCCUCAUUCUCUCUGUACUGAGAGCUGCCAUCCAGGAUCAAGCAAAAAAGUGAAGGAAGGGGAGCCAUCUUGCUGCUAUGAUUGUAUCCCAUGUCCAGAAGGGAAGAUUUCAAACCAGGAUGAUAUGAAUGAUUGUAAUAAAUGCUCAGAUGAAAAAUAUCCAAGCAAGAACCAGGAUGUAUGUAUUCCCAAGGACAGAAACUUCUUGUCUUAUGAAGAACCUUUGGGUAUCAGUUUAGCCUUCUUUGCUCUUUCCUUUGCUUUCAUCACAGUUCUGGUACUGAGAACAUUUCUGAAGAACCACAGCACUCCCAUUGUCAAAGCCAACAACCGAAAUCUCACGUACAGCCUCCUCAUCUCCCUCCUGCUCUGUUUCCUUUGUGCUUUAUUUUUCAUUGGACAACCUCAGAAGGUGAUCUGUCUCCUCCAACAAUCUGCUUUUGGCAUUAUCUUCACUGUGGCUGUUUCUUGUGUGUUGGCAAAAACUGUCAUGGUGGUUCUGGCUUUCAUGGCCACAAAACCAGGAUCCAGGAUGAGGAAAUGGGUGGGGAAAAAGCUGGCCAACUCCAUUGUCCUUUCCUGCUCCCUUAUGCAAGCAGGCAUCUGUACUCUGUGGCUGGCAAUCUCUCCCCCAUUCCCAGAUGUGGACAUGCACUCAGUCAUUGGAGAAAUGAUUCUGAGAUGUAACGAGGGUUCUGUCAUUAUGUUUUACUCUGUCCGUGGCUACAUGGGCUUCCUGGCAAUUGUGAGUUUCACUGUGGCUUUCCUCGCAAGGAAGUUACCUGACAGUUUCAAUGAAGCCAAGUUCAUCACUUUCAGCAUGUUGGUCUUUUGCAGUGUUUGGUUGUCCUUUGUUCCAACCUACCUGAGCACAAAAGGAAAAUACAUGGUAGCUGUGGAGAUCUUCUCUAUCUUAGCUUCCAGUGCUGGGUUAUUGGUUUGCAUCUUUUCCCCAAAAUGUUAUAUUAUUGUGUUGAGACCUGAACUGAAUAAUAGGGAACAGCUAAUAAAGAAAAAACCUGAAUAA